UGGCAUUGAACAUUGCUAAGAGAAAAAUGGAGUGUGGGAAAAUAUGGGUUUUUGGGGUAUUGGUUUCUUCGGUUCUCAUGAGGGUUGCCGGAGGAGCUGAGGGGAAGGGUUUGACCCCGUGCAAUUUUCCGGCUGUCUAUAACUUUGGUGACUCGAAUUCCGAUACUGGCGCUUUCUCAGCAGCAUUUAGUCGUACACAACUGCCAGACGGUCAAACUUUCUUUCGGAAGUCGGCGGGAAGAAGUUGUGAUGGGCGUCUCAUUAUUGACUUCAUAGCUGAGGAGCUGGGAAUACCAUAUUUGAGUCCGUACCUCGACUCAGUGGGAUCAAAUUUCAGUCACGGUGCAAACUUUGCAUACGGAGGCGCGACAAUUCUGCGCCAGACUUGGCAAUCACCUGGCAUCCCGUUCCAUCUCGCCGUCCAAGCGACACAGUUCUCUCAAUUCAAGGCCCGAACUAUCGAUAUUUACAACCAAGGAAAGAACAUAAGCAGACUCCCGAGGCCUGAAGACUUCUCAAAGGCUCUUUACACCCUUGAUAUCGGCCAAAAUGAUGUUUACACAUCCGCAUGGUCCAGCAACCCUCUUUCCCUCAUUCCCGAUUUGAUUAAUAAUUUCACCCUAGCACUUCAGACUCUGUAUGAUCAAGGUGGGAGGGCAUUUUGGAUACACAAUGUGGGGCCAAAUGGGUGUUUGCCUGCAGCCCAAAACUACAUUUGGAACAGAACUCAGGAAACUUUCGAUAAGAAUGGUUGCAUCAAUAGUUGGAAUGAAAGGGUGGUGGAGUUCAACAGGCAGCUCAAGGACAGAGUGAUCAAACUCAGGGCACAGCUCCCAGAAGCUGCCAUUACCUAUGUUGAUGUUUAUACUGCCAAGUAUAACUUAAUCAGCAACGCCAAGAACCUAGGGUUCACAGAGCCACUUAAACAAUGCAAAAAUGGAACUACUCCAUGUGAAAAUCCAUCAAGCUAUAUAAGCUGGGAUGGGGUGCACUACACUGAGGCUGCAAAUCAUUUUGUUGCUAAAAACAUUCUCAAUGGCUCAUUAUCUGACCCUCCAGUGUCCAUAGCACAUGCUUGCCACAGAAAUGUAUCCAUGUAAUUAAAUUGUAAUCCCUCGUCCGGUACCUAUAUAUCUUCUUGAAAUAAUAAUGAUGUGGGGAAAAUAAUUUUAACUUCGUGAGAAAGUUGUAUCAGCUAGCCCUUGAAAGGGUCAUCAGUAAAUUAAGCAGGAAGGAUGGAACGAAGAUUCAUCAGUUUGG